GCGCGCGCCAUUGGUGCACGCGCAGGGAGCCAAAUGAGGAAGCAGUGUGCGGGCAGCCUCUCAGCAGCUUUCACGUUCCAUACCUCCACUCUGCAUUAAAUCCAACCCCAAGCAACAAGCAAGGACUUUUAAAGCACACCUGUGAUCAUUCUUUUUGUUUCGCGCGAACUUGCGCCGGCGGUUUAAAGUUGAAGCGCAGGUACUUGCUGUUGUUGUCGGAGCAUGGCUGACUGUGCGGCGACGAACAGUGACGGCGAGGAUGGACCACGGCAGCCCAUGAGGGGCUUCGCCCGCCAGGGAGCCCUCCGGCAGAAGAACGUCCAUGAAGUGAAGGACCACAAAUUCAUCGCGCGCUUCUUCAAGCAGCCCACCUUCUGCAGCCACUGCACCGACUUCAUCUGGGGUUUUGGCAAGCAGGGAUUCCAGUGUCAAGUGUGCUGUUUUGUGGUGCACAAACGUUGCCAUGAGUUUGUCACUUUCUCCUGCCCGGGAGCUGACAAAGGACCGGCUUCAGAUGACCCGAGGUCAAAGCACAAGUUUAAGAUCCACACCUACUCCAGCCCCACUUUCUGUGACCACUGCGGCUCUCUGCUCUACGGACUCAUACACCAGGGCAUGAGAUGCGACCACUGUAUGAUGAACAUACAUAAGCGCUGUGUGGCCAAUGUGCCCAGCCUGUGUGGGACAGACCACACUGAGAGGAGAGGUCGCAUUUACAUCACUGCUGAAAUCAAGACUAACGUGCUCACCGUCACGAUCAAAGAGGCCAGGAAUCUCGUGCCAAUGGACCCCAACGGCCUGUCAGACCCAUACGUGAAGCUGAAACUGAUCCCAGAUCCUCGCAGCGAAAGUAAACAGAAGACCAAGACCAUUAAAUGCUGUCUCAACCCCGUCUGGAAUGAGACCUUUAAAUUCCACCUGAAGGAGUGCGAUAAGGACCGCCGUCUUUCCGUGGAGGCGUGGGACUGGGACCUGACCAGCCGCAAUGACUUCAUGGGGUCGCUGUCCUUUGGCAUCUCGGAGCUGCAAAAACAAGGAGUGGAUGGAUGGUUUAAGAUGCUCUCCCAGGAAGAAGGCGAGUACUUCAAUGUUCCCGUUCCUCCGGAGGGGGAGGAGGGCAACGAGGAGCUACGCCAGAAAUUUGAGCGGGCUAAGAUCGGGCCGAGCAAGAACACUGAAGGCAAAUCGGCCAACGCCGCCCGCUUCGACUCCAAUGGCAACCAAGACCGCAUGAAGCUGUCGGACUUCAACUUCCUGAUGGUGCUGGGAAAGGGCAGCUUCGGCAAGGUGAUGCUGGCAGAGCGUAAAGGGACAGACGACCUGUACGCCAUCAAGAUCCUCAAGAAGGAUGUGGUGAUCCAGGAUGACGACGUGGAGUGCACCAUGGUGGAGAAGAGGGUGUUGGCGCUAUCUGGGAAGCCUCCUUUCUUAACACAGCUACACUCCACCUUCCAGACCAUGGACCGCUUGUAUUUUGUCAUGGAGUACAUCAACGGCGGAGAUCUCAUGUAUCAGAUUCAGCAGGUCGGCAAGUUCAAGGAGCCCCACGCAGUCUUCUACGCCGCAGAGAUCGCCAUCGGGUUGUUCUUCCUGCAUCAAAAGGGCAUCAUCUACAGAGACCUGAAGCUGGACAACGUGAUGCUGGACUGCGAGGGACACAUUAAGAUAGCCGACUUCGGAAUGUGUAAAGAAAACAUGAACGACGGGGUCACCACCAAGACCUUCUGUGGGACACCAGACUACAUCGCUCCAGAGAUUAUCGCUUACCAGCCUUAUGGGAAAUCUGUUGACUGGUGGGCCUUUGGAGUGCUGCUCUAUGAAAUGCUGGCUGGACAGCCUCCAUUCGACGGUGAGGACGAGGACGAGUUAUUUCAGUCCAUCAUGGAGCACCAUGUCUCGUAUCCCAAGUCUAUGUCUAAAGAGGCUGUGGCUAUCUGCAAAGGGUUGAUGACCAAGCACCCUGCCAAGCGUCUGGGCUGUGGUCCGGAGGGGGAGAGAGACAUCAGGGACCACAGCUUCUUCCGCUACAUGGACUGGGAGAAACUGGAGAACAAGGAGGUGCAGCCGCCAUUCAAACCCAGAGCCUGUGGACGGGAUGCUGAGAACUUUGAUCGUUUUUUCACACGCCACCCGCCGGUGCUGACCCCUCCCGACGAGGAAGUGAUUCAGAACCUGGACCAGGACGAGUUCCAAGGAUUCUCUUUUAUCAACCCAGAGUUCCCCGGAAGCGCUGCUACCGCCCCUGCCGCCGAGCAGGCUUGAUUGAAGCUCUCGCACGGACAUGACACACUUUUACACACACACACACACACACACACACACACACACACACACACACACACACACACACACACACACACACACACACACACCUGAAACAUCAAGCGGUACAGAAACACACACACUCACAUUUCUUGUUCACACUGCUGCAACCUGCCUCUUCCAUACGUGAGAAAAAAGUAUGCUUUUUUUUAGAAAAAAGGUAUGCUUUUUUUUCCUGUGUGUUUAAGAAAUAAUUGUAAUCAUUUAAAAAUGAUUUGAAUCUUUUUAAAAUCAUGUUUUAAUCAGCGAAAUAACAAGCGGGAGAUUACAAUGAAUAUAUUUUUCUAUGUCCUGGUUGCGUCUCUCCACGUCACUGCUGUGUCGGUGCGUGAGUGACAAGAAGAAAAGCUCUGACUCGCUUUGGGGAGAAGUUGUUCAGCACCGCCUGUUGGCUUGCAUCUAUACAUUUUUAAAGCCCAUGAUGAAGGGCAGGCUCACGUGCCCAGACACCCAAGGCUAUUGGAAUCAGGUGUUAAGUAUGUGGAGGACUUGUUUUGGAGACAGGAGGCCUCUAGCCUGGAGCACAUAAUCAUAACAAGUCAGUUUGACAUUAAUGUGUACCUAAGCAGAAAUACAUAAGUAUGUACAGUAUGUUGAUGCAUAAUUAUAAGUAAUGAUAGCCAAAUCAAACGGAAUAAUGUCUCAGGCGGUCGUCUCCCAACCUGAAGGCUGCGCGUUCGAUCCCCCGUCCUCCCGUGAUGGUGUCGAAGUGUCCUUGGGCAAGAUACUGAACCCCCAGUUUCUCCUGAUGCUGCGUCAUCAGCAGGCAAAUGUGCUAGCAGCGGCAAAGCGCUUGGAGUGCCUUGGAGGUGGAAAAGCGCUGUACAAGUGAAAGACCAUUCACCAUUUAAUGGACACGUGCAAUAACAAACCAUAUUUUUCUGACACAAGUCACCUUGCAGUGUUUUUUUUGUAAACACAAAAAUCAUUUUGACCUCUUACAGCUGAAGAAGGGGUUGGUUGUUCAGCAGUACAUCCUGCAGCACGCAGUGCGAGCAAAACUUGUGGAAAAUCAGCUAGAAAAAUAACAUACACAUACAGCAAAACACACACGCACACAAACACAGCAGAAGAUACGACAAUAACAACGAGGCAGCAUUUUUAUUUUUGAUUUUUACUCAUUCCUUGGCUCUUCCAGCACGCUCUGAGUUUGGCUUGCAAUUCCGGUGUGCUCUUUAAACCGUCGAUGGUAACUUUAGUGUCUGUAUGUUUAUUCCUCUCUAUACUUGGAAUGCCUGACCUUCUCGUGCAUGAGUUUCUACAUUGGUAGUAUAUCAGUUAGCUGGACUGUUCCCUGUAUUUUACCCUCAUGCGCGAUGCGCGUGUGCUGUUUGGGGAUCAUGAUGGUAAAAUACAGAUGAAGUAGAGUCCGUUAGAUAGACAAAACUCUCUUCUCAUCUCCUCUUAGCUCGUGUGUAGGCAACGAAAGAGACUUUUAUGUGUUUUACUAAAGCAUGGCUCCGAUACAACUGUUUGUUUACAUAAUAUAUACGUGUGUGUGUGCGUGAAUGGAUGACAAUGCACUUUGCUGAGCGCAUGCCCGACCUCACAGCGCUGCGCCGCGCCUGCCUGGCCGUGUGCUUGUGUUCGUUUGGAUGGCCAUCGGCUCCAUCUUGCUUCACAGCGAGCACUUUUUGACUUGUUGCUCCGCGGCUGGUGGACGAGAACCCAAGUGAAUGUUGCACGUGGUUUUGCUGGGGCGGUGCCGUUUCCUCAUAGCGCCAGAGAGGGUUUGUUGACGUUUGUGAUGGUUUGCUGCGUUGCCGGGCAACUACAUGCUGACUUAAGUCUCUGGCUUACAAAAAAACCCCCAAAAAACAGGUGCGAUGUUUGUCAAGUACCUUUCUGCAUGUGCAAUGAAAGUGUCCGUCCAAACUGCAGCCGCACUGAGCUCUGAAGCGGAAACUCUGUCUCUUGUAUUGUGUUUUAUUGAAAUUAGAUAGCAAUAAUCCUUUCCUGACAGGAGGUCGUAUUUGGCACUUAACCAGCAACCUUCCAGAGGUUGUGUCUGCAUCUUAACCCCCAAGCAGAGUAACAUUUACACACCCAAGGGCAGCUAAUGUGGCGAAAAGCGCCUUGAAAAUCCAUAUCACACAGCAGCAUGCUUUCCAUACCUGCAACUCUCCUCCACUUUUCAUUCACUAUUGGCCAAAUUAUGCAACAAUCCCCUGGCAGGCCACAACAUUAGUCGCUGCAGGAUAAUAUGCUGCGCUUUGCUUGCAGGCCCAUAAUAAAUUUGUAUUAUGAACGAAUAGUAAUAAAAAAUGGCAAAUAUUUUUCAUUAAUUUCUACCACAACUUAAUCAUCUUCAGCCACUUUGUUGUGUUAUUUCCCGCGCCAACAAGUAGAAAAGGCACCGUAACUGAAAAUGUGGGAUCAACUGUGCAUUACAGAGUUCUAAUAUUAGCCACAAGAAAAUAAAUUGUGCAAGUUCUAUGAAUGCUGUGGCCAGUUUGUGCAGAGCAACAACAUAUUCUCAAGUAAUAUUAUAUUGAAUUACAUUUCGUAGCUUCAGUUCAAUUCACAUUUCAAUAAGUUUGAUGGCGCCUGUGGUGAAGCUACUUUUUGAGCGAUUGUGUUGAUAAAUGUCGAUGAAUUGAUGAUGCAGCCAAAAUGCACCGCCGUCCACCUCCAUUGUUGGUACUUUUUAGAGUUUCCUGUAUUAUAACAGAGGGAAAAGCGUGUCUAAUGUUGCUAAAUACUUAGAAAUGUGCACCAUAUGGUCAGUAUUGUAAAGGAGGGAAGAGCAGCAAGCAAAAUAAGAAUAAUUCUGCAUGAAAAAUCCUAUUAUCAUGAAGGCUUUUCAGUAUUUACAUUUAACCUAUGAGAGUGUUUCAUGUUUUUGUGUCUGCGACGAUUCAAACAUGUCAACAGACUGCUGUUUAGUCUGCAAAUAAUGCCACAUGGACAUGGCGGGGGGGCGGGGGAGAAAAGGCUUUUUACAAUGUUUUCCAUGUGCCAAAUUUCUCUGUUUUCACAAAACCAGGCUUCAAAUAAAAAGGUUAGACGUGCGCAAGGCUGGUCUUGGUGAUGUUUUCCACGGCAAAAUGAACCACGGUCUGUGCAGCGUUUACGCUGCUGCAUGUGCAUUUAGCGAACUGGUGCAACGCGGAGCGCUGCUGCAAGGAGGAGAGGACAGUGAGGAGAGGGAGAUUAGAGUGAUGGAGGCUGACAGAUGGGGAGGUUUCUCACUAGAUUGGAUAGAGAGAGGGAAAACAGACGAAGAGGAGAGGAAGAAGCCAACAAUGAAGGAGGCGAGGAGGGCACGGGGAGGGAGCGGUGGAGGGAAGGCAGCGCCAAACGAAGCGAGGCAGGCGGCUACGACAGGCUGUGCAUAUUUCAUGGCUGCCACUUAUCAUAAGAGCCUUUCCUUGAUGGGGGAAGCGCAGGUUUGAUGACUUCAAGGAAAUAACAUGCACAACACGGCCUACAUACGCACAGGCCUGCUGAGCCACUGACGCUGCUCAGCAGCCGCUGCUUGAACUGCGGCCGCAAACGGGUUACUCCCACUUGCACCUUCUCUAGCCUUUUACGCAACGGACACUUGGAGUGUCAUGUACCUGGACCGAUGCUGAUAUCUUAGGAUAUGAGGCUUAAAAUGGACUCAUGACCGGGGGAAGAGCACUUCAAGUGGGGGGGUUUGUUGAUUAAGCCUAUCUUGAGACAAAAUGUAGUGCAGUACUUUUUGCAACCAGCAGAGACGCUCUUGAUUCAAGCUCAACUUGUUGAACUCUCGUGAUCCAUGCUGACUCCGAUUCAAGUUGCGUCCAAAGAGCACACUUCAAACUGCACAGCAAUCUUUAAAUGGUGGCGAUCGGUCAAGUAAACCCAGACUUAAGAUCAAUAAUAUUCACCGGGAUUUUAUCAUUGUGUCGCCAUGUUAUUUCCAUUUUUAUGUGCGCUUUCGGUGCAGGACGGCGCCUGCUUUUAAAGCGAAAGUAAUCAUGCAAGGAAACAUGACAUCACCUUCCUAUUGGUGGGGGAAAAAAGCUUUAAUUUUUAUGCAGUUAAAUUUUUUAUUGUGAAAAAUAGACCUUUUUUAAACAUAUGCUAGCCGGUGGUGUUGCAAACACUCCCUUGUAUUUUUUUUUUUAAGAUGUAAAAAAACCCGCCACAUUAAAAAAAAAAAAAAAAAUUUUAAAAGGGGGAUUUUUUUCUUACUGUGUUCAACUAAUUUGCUUCUCUUAAGUAAUAUGUACUCAAAUCUGGCAUCUGAUUCUUGAUAGGGCUGUCAAAUUAUUACCAUUUUAAUCAGAUUAAUCAUUUUUUUACAUGAAAUGAAUCAUGAUUAUUAAUCAUCUCCAACGAUGCCCAAUUUUUACUGUAUUUUAUGAACAGAAUGCAAAAUUACAAGACAGGAUUACACAGUGGGACCUCAGUUAGCGUACGCCUCGGUUAGCAUGUUUUUUGGUUAACACCAAAAAUGUAUGUGAACAUUUUGCCCCCGUCUGGAUACAUUAUCUGAUCGGCGUACGAGAUGGAGCGCGUCUUGUGGCGUUAAUACACUGUGUGAGUCCAGCUGUGUUCUGAAUGUAUUUUUAUCACAAAACGUCCUUGUUAGCAGCUUGCAGCAUGGAAACAGGAACCGGACAUCAGCUCAGUCGCCCGUUUAUGGUGUCAUCAGCGGUUGACUCUGUAGUUCUUUGCUAACUAACACAGUUAUGCCACAAAAAUGGUGUACAAAAAAGACGUUUAAAAUGCUAGUUUUACAUGCAUGAAACAAUUCUAAAUGCAUGUGAAUGAUGAAUGAACAUUUUGGGGUUACUGUUACCUUCCUUGAAGACAUGAUGACGUGUUGCAUUGAAUUCAGUCGUGUUUCUCAACUUCUGUGUCAUAAUGCUGGCACUUGCAACUUUCUGUCGCUCCGUUUUGGGUUAUUUUGGGUGAUCAAAAAGAAAAGCGGAGACUUGUGGCAUACCCGUGUUAGUUAGCAAAGAACUACCGAGUCAACCGCUGAUGACAUCAUAGACGGGCAACAGAGCUGACUUCCAUGUAUUAGCAUGCUAAUACCGGUAGGCUGCUAGCGAGGACAUUUUAUGAUAACAAAAAUACAGUUGGACUCAUGCGGUGCAUUAAUAAUGCGACAAGAUGCACAAACUGAGGCAAAAUUCUGCCAUAAAUGUUCAAUGUUAAGCAAAAACCUUGCUAACUGAGGUUCCACUGUAUGUAAAAUGGUCUAACAUGGAAAAAUAAUUAGAUUUUCCCUCGAUUGCAGUUCUUUAAUCUUACUUAGUGUUUUGUCUGAUUCUUUGCAUUUGCACAUUUGUUGUUUACAAUCAACUUUGGUUCCCUUUUUGCGAGCGCUUGCUACGUGGAGCAUGCAAUCAUUGCGCCGUCAUACAAGUGAAAAGAAGAAAGCAAUCAUUUUAACCCUUUUUAUGUUGCACUUUUGACCUUGAAGACCCGCUUAUCUCAUCAUGCGCUGUGUACGGCGCCACUUUUAUGCAAAUGACUGUGAAGAGAAACGCUGCGGAACAGGAAGUUCCCCGGCACAUAAGCUGUGUAAAGUUUGCAUUGGAGUGGAUGUAGCGCUGGAGCGCGCGUGAUAAUUAAUUCCAAAUGUUGCGGCCCUAAAAAUUAAAGCCAGUGGCUUCGGCACAAAGCAGCCGGCGCUUAUCAGCGCAAAACAGGUCAGCAUUCGAUACCCGCCUUUCAUUCACCCUCCCACACACACUCGCCGCAUCCUCAGCUGACAUGCGCUCGUCUUUCGCUAAUCCUCUGCUUCCUGAAAAGUGAUGGGGUGAGGGAGGCUGCGUAGCAGGAAGUAGGAGAGGUGCACGGACGACAUUGAAGACUCCCUAUUUCGUCAAAGCAACGUUUGGUGUGUGUCUGCUGUGACGCCACCGUAGCUCGCUAUCUGGACUUCUACACCCAAGGCCAGCGAUGUUUAUCCUCUCGCCUCUCCUCUUCUUUCCCGUCUUCCUCUCAUAUCUCCAUCUUUCUGCCUCACAGCGUUAACCGCAAUUGAAGCGUGCUGAGACGGAACACAUUAGGAGCUGGCCUACAUGGCUGCCAGCUGUGUGUGUGCAUGUGCGUGUGUGCGUGUAACCGCAAAGUCUUUUAUAAACUGAAUGACAGUAAAUUGAUGAGCUGGCACAUUAUAUACAAUAACCCAGCAGGAUAUGCUGUAAAAAGUAUAUCAUGUAACUUUUACCUACUCAGAAAGACAGCACCCGUCACAAUCGCUUGUGCGUUUUGAUUUACCGUCGUUCUAAGCCCUGUUCCGUCACGAUUAAUGAUAUACCUAUCAACUUCCUCGGUGCCACAAUCUUAAUUUUCAGCGACAACGGUGGAGAUUUAUUGCGUCUUCUCCCCCCCCCCCACACUUGAAGAUUUCUCCUCCAGCGGCUUACACGGCGUCACUUUCAAACACGAUUGAUCGACUAUGGGGAAAUGAACCAUCAAUCCUUCGAUUAAAUAGGAUUUUUUAAAACUUUUAUUUCUAAUGGGUACAAUGUUCUGAUCUCCUGAUUGCGUGCCCGUGUUGUAUUGAGGUCGUUUCACUCAACAGCGCCUCUGCUGGUUCUAACCAAGUGGUACACCUGGUGAUUACCUGGUGGGCUUUAAAAUACACAUGGAGGAUCAUUCAUUCAAAUCAAGUUGGGGUAAAAAAAGCUCUUAAAGUUUUACAGUGGAAUCUCUAAGCUUCCAAACCUUAAAACUAAAGCAAAGGCUAGUUUCAGUUUCAAUCCAACCAGUCCAUGAUGCGUCCACAUAUGAAAAAACAAAAAACAAAAACCACACCUGUUAUAGUUUCUUUAUACAUAUACAGUCGUCCCUCGUUUAUCGCGGUUAAUCGGUUCCAGACCCGAGAGUCAUAAGUGAAUUACCACAAAUAUUUUUGGAGUUAGAGUAUAGAAAACCUUAUUAAAACAUUAUUAGAGCCCUCUAGACAUGACAUAACACCCCUAUAGUCAGCUCUACACUUUUAUUACCCAAUAUAUUAGACAUGAUAAGAGAAAAUAAGACAUAAUUUAGACUCACAUGUCGUAACGCUGGGAGAGUUCCUUGUUAUUCUUUUUAACUUUCUGUUCGGCACAGUACUUCCUGCAGUGUGUAUUGUCCCAUCAGUGUAACAUCACUGACACCGCUUUUUUUUACGCUUGAAAAAAUGUAUUUCGGCCAAAGAUAUGUGAAAUUUGUUUAAAUAUGCAUAUUUUGUACCAAUAAUAGGCCGUAUUCAACCGUAACACAGCGAAGAUUUAUUAAAGACUAUAUUUUUUAAAAACCGUGAUGGAGUGAAGCCACGUUCGAGGAACAAAGUGCUCUGCAGGGACAAAUGCAGUCGUUUUUCUUGCAUACAUACCGGAAAAAACGAGUGUAAAAAGAAGUUAAUUGCUGUUACUAAAAUUGACACCUAAACACAGCAAGUGAACAAACUCGUUCAUGACAAAAUAAAAAAAUUAAGCAUUUCCAAGCAUAAAAAUGGCUAAAUGUACUAAAAUACAAAUGUAAUGCAGAAGACGCAUUCAAAGACGUGAUGAUAUGUAGUAGUCUGCACUGGUCACUAGGGGUCAGUAAUGUUACAUUGAUGAGACAAUAGCCACCGCAGGAAGUACUGUAUAGAAACCGGAAGUAGAACGAGAACAAGGAACUCUACUAACGUGUGAGUCUAUAUUAUGUCUUACAUGUGUUAUUUGAUUUUAUUAUUAUUCAAGAUUCAAGAGAUUCAAGCCAAAUUUCCUCAGUCUUCUCAGGAAGUACAGUCUCCUUUGGGACUUCUUCAGAAUUUGUUGGGUGUUGUGAGACCAGGUGAGGUCCUCGCUGAUGUGUGUGCCAAGGAACUUGAAGGUUUUCACCCUCUCCACCUCAGUCUCAUCAAUAAACAGGGGUCUAUGCGGCUCCUUUUCCCUUGUUCUUGGGUCGAUGAUCAUCUCUUUAGUCUUAUCUGUAUUGAGAAGGAGAUUGUUAUCACGACACCAAGCUAUGAGGUCCGCCACCUCUCUUCUGUAUGAUGUUUCAACACCACCAGUGAUCAGUCCGAUGACUGUAGUGUCUAUGUCUACUUAUGUCUACUAUAUUGGGUAAUACGAGUGUGAAGAUGACUAUAGGGGUGUUAUUUCAUGUCUAGAGCGCUCUAGUAAUGUUAAAAACCGUAUUUAGAAGGUCCUAAAAAGGUUUUCUAUGCUCUGACUACAAAAAUAUUUCAUUUCUAAAUAAGGAAUCCUACUUUGGGGAAAUUCACUUAUCUGUUUCUGAUUUACCAGCGAUAAACGAGGGAUUACUGUAUUAACCAAAGCACCCUUCAAGCAUUAGAGGUGCUAGCCCCGAGUGCAGGCCAGUGUUACUCCUGUGAACAUGAAGGGGGUCCUCUGGAUGGAGUGGAGGGGGUCUUCUUGAUCCAUGACAGUGGCAGGUAGGAGAUGUUCUUGUGAUUCUUUAACGCCCCUCCUGUUCCUCUGCUCUCUUGCCUGCUCUGUCUAAGCAGCGAAACAGAAGUAGGUGCGAUGGAGCGUUGACAGAAGGUGGCAGAGGAAGAGGAUAAUAAACACGUCCUCCUCUUCUUGCAUUUCUCUGUUUGCUUCUCUCCUUCCUCACGCUGUGACUUUGUGUUGCAAAUAUGUACAUGGUGGUGUUAGCACCUUGACUUGGUACUUGUGUCUGUUCAAUCACAAGCUUCCUUUGCUGUCUUCUGACAUCAAAUAUUAAUGGUUGUGGAUUUUCUCAGGUCGCCCCUUCCUCUGUGGCCACUGUGCUGUGAAUAUUUAUGUGCGCCUCUUUUUUCCUGUCCAUCCUUCUGUCCAGGUGUCCUUAUCUAACGACAUGUCUGAGGUGUCUUUAUGUUAUUGUCCAUAUACACGCCAGGUGUCUAAACCCAGUGCCUUCUCUUCUUCUCCAUUCCCACUCAUCCCAUUCCACCUUUAAUCAUGUUUUCAUCCACACCGUCCAUCCCAUUAUCGCCCUCUCUCUCCCUCACACCCCCCCCAUCCGACACGUGCAGAAGAGCCGUCGGGACACGUGCAACUUUGACAAAGAGUUCACCAAGAUGGCGGUGGACCUGACGCCGACAGACAAGCUGGUCAUCAUGAACCUGGACCAGGACGACUUCCUGGGCUUCUCCUACACCAAUCCCGAAUACGUGGCU